UUCGCCGGAUCAUCAGGAUUAGGGCCACUAGUGGGUCGUCCUGAAGUCUGGACUAGCUUCUUAAUUUCCUGUUUCGGCACAUCAGGAUGAUGAUCUGCAUGCUCGUCCGUUACUAGAAACAUCUUCUACUGAACGAGAUCCUCCAAGCUUAAACGAUCACCGAUCGAGAGCGAGGCACAGGUGAGCCAUUGCAUGGCCCCAUCGUCUGACCUUGGCGACGCCGCCCCUUUGUGCCGUGUGUGCUCCGGCAACCAUGCCUUGCACCGGCAGCCGGCUCCACCAUCGAUCUUUGCGUGGCUAGGCUACACGCUAGAGUGUACAAUAAUUAAAAUUAAAUACUCUAAUGACAUACUACUCUCUACAGUGCAUGGAGUUCUAGAGGUUACUAUAUAUGCCCAAGUCCCAAGUGCUGGCCAAGAGGUCCUUUUCCUCAAAUUAAUUCUGGCAUUUUGAUCUAGCGCAUUCCUGCCGUUUCCUUCCACAGUAGUAGCAGCAGUUAAUCAUCCGGGAGCCCGCGCGAGGCCUGGCCUGCUGUCAUCAGAUUUAAAAUGACAGUGACCCGCUCCCCUUCCUCUCCGUUCUGCUCCGCCGCGAUCAAAAUUCUUUCCCUCCCUUUCGCUUCACGACCAAGCCUCCUAGCUAGCUUCCUCUCCCCGCCCGAACGCCAAGGAUCUGUCGCUCCAAGCUUCCCAAUACCGACGCCACCGCACCGAUCGCAGCAACCUAGCUACCGAGACCCCGAACAAACACACAGCCUCGGGACAACGCAAGAGGCGCGCGCGCGCGCGCGUCGUCCGCAAUGGCGGAGGCGGCGGCCGGCACGGCUCCAGCGCAGCAGCAGCAGCAGGCUGCUGCUAGAGUAGCUACGACGACGGCGGCGGCAGCCAGCGACGUCUCCGUGUCCGCGUGGCUGCAGCAGGUGCUGGCGCUGCUGUUCCCGUCCAGCCUGGCCGCGAAGGCGGCGCUGUUCGCGCUGGUGGUGGCGCUGCUGCCGCUGCUGCCGUCGGGGCAGGCGCAGGAGGCGCCCAGGAUCUGGGAGCUGCCGCACCUCCUCCUGCUCGGCAUCAUCCUCUCCUACGGCGUCUUCGGCCAGAAGAACGCCGACGACGGCGCCGAGGUGGCCGCCGCGGCGGCGGGAGCGGCUGCCGACGACGCCAAGCUGCUGCCCGGCGUCGUCGACGACGAGGCGGCGGUGGAGGCCUACGUCUCGCAGAUGAUGCGGGGCCCGCUGGUCUUCGAGGAAAACGACGGCGGCGGCGACGAUGUCGAUGGCGCCAGCAACGAUGGCGGCGUCCAGCAGGCGUGGAGCUCGCAGUACCUUGCAGACGACCCGCUCGUGGUCGUCGCGGACACUUCGGCGCCAGGGACGACCACCAGCGGCAACGGCGUCAUCACCGACACGGGCGAGAAACCACUCCUCCUGCCCGUGAGGAAGCUGAAGCCAGCGGCGGCCGAGGAGUCGGCGCCGGCGGCGACACCAGCAGGGGAUAUGAUGAUGAGCGACGGCAGCGGCAUUGAGGAGGAGGAAGAAGAAGAAUUGCUCCUAGCUCCCAAGGCGGGACCGGGAUCGGGAUACGACGUCGUGCGCGAGCACGCCAUCCCUUCGCCGUCCUCCGUCCUCGACGCCGACCUGACGCUCUCGCCGUCCUCGCCGCCUCUGCUCCCGCCUCCCCCACCUCCACCGCCGCCGCCGUUUCUCGGCCGCGGGCGACGACGCGGCCUCCUGAAGGCCAAGGCGAGGAGCUUCAACGAAUUUGGAGCACUUAGUCGUGGCGACCGGAGCCCGAACGCAAAUUUGGGCUCCGCGGGCAGCAAGCAGUUCCGGUCCAGAUCCGCGGUGCAAGCGACGAGGAGGAGCGCCUUCGGCCGCCGCUACGAUCCUGUAGUGCCCAUCGACGACGAAGCAGACGACGAGACGUUGCGUGAUGAGAUGGUUGCGGCGUCGGACAUCAGCUCGUUCAGCAGUGAUCUCGACGACGAUGACACCAUCAUCAAGGAGGAGGAAAACAGCUGCGAAGAUAACGGGGUGGACGAGGACGAUGAGGACGGCAACUCGUGCGACGAGGAGCUCUUUGAGCUGGCGAUGAGGCCAGGACCGGAGACGGAGACGGAGACGGAGACGGAGGUGGAGGACGAGGUGGACAGGAAGGCCGACGAGUUCAUAGCCAAGUUCAGGGAGCAGAUUAGGAUGCAGAGGGUCGAGCCGGCCAGGAGAUGACCCACCGAUCGAACACGUCCGACAAAGUGUUUACAGGCACAGGCAACAGGCUCACAGUUAGCCUCCCUCGUGCAGUGUAUGAUAGCGUGAUAUUUCCUUUUACGUUUGUCUUUUCAUUUUGGGUGUCGUAAUGUAAUUACAGCCUCAACAGCGGUGUAAAUUAACAACAUAGACCCGGGGCUCCUAUCUCAUUUGAAUUAUCUUUUUUUCGUGUACUAA